CUUCUCUGCUUGAUUCGAUAUUGUCGCCAUGGGUUUAGCAGGGCCGCGGAAGAGUACCAAGAUCGGCAAUGAUCCCAAUAAUACCAACUGGACCCGGUCCACAACCGGGUUCGGACACCGGAUCAUGAGCUCUCAGGGCUGGACUCCUGGAAGUCUUCUGGGAGCAAAGGACGCCGCGCACGCCAAUUUGUUGACCGCCGCCAGCGCUUCCCAUAUCAAAGUCACCCUCAAGGACGAUAACCUCGGAUUGGGUGCUCGGAUUGGACGAGAGAGUGAGCCGACUGGACUUGAUGCCUUCAAAGGAUUGCUUGGUCGACUCAAUGGCAAGAGCGAAGUGGAACUGAAGAAGGAUGAACGAAAGCGUGAUGACGUUCGAUUGGCUCGAUAUGCUGCCCUGAAAUUCCCAGAAGUCAGGUUCGUCAGCGGUGGACUGUUGGCACAGGAAAAGGAAACCGAGAUUCCUCCGCCGACCCCUAAGGACGCAACGCCCAAGAAAUCCAAAUCCAACAAGAAAGAACGCACAAAGACCACCGAGGAUGACGAAACCUCUUCAAGCGAAUCGGAUGCCCCAGCUCGCAAAUCCAAGUCUAAAUCCAAGUCCAAAUCCAAAUCCAAGAAAUCGCGCUCUCGAGACGAAACCGAUGGCAACGAAUCAAGCUCGGAAUCAAAGAAGAAAAAGAAGUCCAAGAAGAGAAAGGCUGAUUCCGAGCAGAGUGAUUCUUCAGACAAGACAUCUGAACCGGAAGUCAAGGUAGCAACAACAAUAUCCAGGGAGCGGCGGCCUAUGGGACGGAAUGUCACUCGGUCACGCCAUAUUGCCCAGAAGAAGAGAGCUAUUAUGGACGACAAGUCUCUCAACGAGAUCUUCAUGAUCAAAGCAUAGAGUUUAUGCAAAUCUGCAUCUGAAGCGCAUUGGACAUAAAACUUGGAGUUAUUUGGUGUUUGCACUUUUUAUGAUUUCCCGUUUUGAACUAGAU